AAGAGAUACAGGAGCAAAUAGCACAGACUGAUGAUAUGAGAAUAACUGCCUCACCUGGCUCUUUCCUGAGCUUCCUGUCACACAUCUUGGGCAGGUGGCUGGAGAUUAGAUCCUUCAAGACCAUGGGGCAACAGUUCUUAACUGUGUUUGCUAACUUAACAAGAGGACAACUGCUGUCUUUAGCCGAACAGGUUCUCAGGGAGCCAGCCGGCUGGAAGCACCUGUGCUGCAGGGCUGAGCGUGCGGGAUGAAGGCUGCUGAGAGUGAGGUCCCGGAUGCGCACUUCACCGUGGAUAAGCAGAACAUCUCCCUCUGGCCCCGAGAUCCUCCUCCCAAGACGGACCCGUGCCUGGUUUUGAGGAAGCCUCUCAUGGUCCGGGCUGCAGUCAUCACCCUGAUACUGGGCUUUGUGGCCUCCAUCCUGCUGCAGGCCACUCUCUAUCCCUGGUUUAUACGCACGAUAUCAGAUGUAAAGACCAAUGCCCAGUUACUGAAAGGCAGUGUGGACAACAUCAGCACUCUGGGUUCUGAGAUUAAGAGGAACAGAGGCGGUGUGGAGGCAACCAGCCUUCAGGUCCGGAUGGUAAAUGCCAGCCUGGCUCAUGUGCGUUCUCAGAUGGGGAAGUUGGAAGCUGGUGUGAGGGAUGCCGCUGCCCAGAUCCAGAUGUUAACAAGAAGAUGGGAGGAGGUCAAUGACUUAAAUGCCCAGAUUCCAGCACUAAAAAGAGAUCUGGGUAAAGCCAGCUCUUUAAAUGCAAAGAUCCAGGGACUCCAGAGCCAUUUGGAGGACAUCAGCAAGUUGCUCAGGCGGCAAAAUGACAUUCUGCAGAUGGUUUCUCAAGGCUGGAAGUACUUCAAGGAGAACUUUUAUUACUUUUCUCAAGUCCCAAAGACCUGGUACAGUGCCCAGCAGUUCUGUAUGUCCAGAGAUUCACAGCUGACCUCAGUGGCCUCAGAGAGUGAACAGGAGUUUCUAUACAAGAUGGCAGGUGGACUUUUCUACUGGAUUGGCCUGACCAAAACUGGGAGUGAAGGGGACUGGUACUGGGUGGAUAAUACUCCAUUUGACAAGGUCCAGAGUGCACGGUUCUGGAUUCCAGGUGAGCCCAACAAUUAUGGGAACAAUGAACACUGUGCCAAUAUAAAGAUGUCCUCACUUCAGUCAUGGAACGAUGCCUCCUGUGACAAUAAGCUCCUUUUCAUCUGUAAACGGCCCUACAUCACAUCAGAACCAUGACAGGAUUGGUCCUAAGCUCACACACUGAGCUCCAAUGCUUGUCGAACUCGAGAACAUGCCCCUCUUUCUUCCAAUUCCAGUGUGACUUUGCACCUUCAUUUUUCUGGCUUCAAAAUUGUCUCAGAGGCAUCCUGGAGUUCAUCUGCUUUGGCUGGGAAUUCUCUGACCCCAUAGAGGCAGCUGGCAUGGAAAGGAGACCUUGGAUAGGGAGAGGAGAGCAGAGAGGAUUUAGAAGUUCCACCUGUCUCAGUAAGGUGAUCAGGACCUUGGGGUUCCCUGUCCCUUCAGAGAAGCCUCAAUUUUAUCACACGGAGGUCGCAUUAGACCGCACAAACAACCCUGAUACCAAUAUUUAGGGCUUUUCCAGUUCAUCCCACAGAAUUCCCAGUUGCCUGCCUAGCGGACUGUGUUCUUCUCAGUGGGAAGAGCUCUGCACUUGGUGACCCUGUCCAGGCCAUGACCCCACUGCCCUCUGCCAUCCAUACUUCCUGUCACUUGAGCCCCUUCUUCUCAGAGAUGGGGGCAUCUGGUUCCAGUCAGGGGCUGAUGUGGAAACAAGUUUCCUUUAGAGCUGGAUCAGUAUCCAUGCUCCUUAUCGCUCCACCUCAAUCUGCAAACUCUGUGCUCCAGCUCUGUCUCUGCAGUCCUCCGCCCAGCCCCUCUGCUUGUCUCCUGCACAUCUCUCUGGGCUGCAUUUCCUCCCUGCCCUUUAGAUAUAGAGGAGGUGGUCCUCUGUCCCUAGAGAGUUCACCUGCAAACUGUAUUGGAACGCACUACUGCCGGGUAAAGCGUGUUUUACCUAUGCGGGCACAUUUUAUUCCUGGAUGUGCAGGUGAAAGUGCCAGCAAGGCCAUAUGCUCCACUGGACAUGAAGUUCUGGGGUAGCCUCACGAAGCAGCUGGGGGCUCAAAAAUAACAAGGGGAUAGAGAAGACCUGGCCCUGGAAAUGCCACAAAAUAUAAGCAGUACUUACCCCUGGUUUUUAUUGAAAUAAAGGAGAGUGAGCUCUGCAGUGUCA